AUGGCAUCAUAUUCCCCUCCGCGGUGUUCAACCUCAGUCAAUCAGGGGGCGAUCACAAAACACAUUUGCGCAAUUUGUGGUGAUCGAGCUUCGGGAAAGCAUUACGGGGUGUAUAGUUGUGAAGGUUGCAAAGGAUUUUUCAAACGUACAGUUCGUAAAGAUUUGGUCUAUUUAUGUCGUGAAAAUCGUAAUUGUAUCAUUGAUAAAAGGCAAAGAAAUCGUUGUCAGUAUUGUCGUUAUCGAAAAUGUCAGAGUAUGGGAAUGAAACGAGAAGCAGUACAAGAAGAAAGACAAAGUGCGAAAACAGAAUCAAACAAAACUUCCACUAGUAAAACGCAACAGGUGCCGAAGAAUCAUAUGGAGGUAGAAAGCACUAGCAGAUGCCCAGAGAUUCAGAUAGAACGCAUUGUGGCAGCUGAGCAAGCUUCAGAAUUACUUUUUACUAGUAUAAAAGUAGAAUCACUGAAUGUUCAAAGUUGUGAAUCAAUGCAAUGGCAGAUAACACGAUUAAUUGAAUGGGCCUUACUACUGCCAGGAUUUAAUGAAAUAAAUAUUGAUGAUCAAGCAAGACUGAUAAGCUUUGGAUGGUGUGAGUUAAUCCUUACAGAUAUAGCUUAUCGUUCAACACUGCAUAAAUUAUUAUUAUGGCCAUAUGGACGUGUAAUGGAACGUCAGGAGGCAGAACGAAUAGGUUGUAGCGUAAUUUUCGAUCGGAUUAUGAAUGAAUUGGUAGUUCGAUUCAAGGAAUUGAACAUUGAUCGUACAGAGAUUGCUGCUCUACGAUGUGCUAUACUUUAUAAUCCUAAUGUUGCUGGAUUGAAAAAUAUGUCACUGAUUGAGACAAUACGAGAUAAAAUUUUGGUAUGUUUGGAAGAUUACUGCCGUCAACAACAACCUACGCAGCAUCAGCGUUUUGCUAAACUUUUGUUACGUAUGCCUGCGGUACGAUCUCUCAGUCUGCAUUGUACCGAACAUGAUAAUGUUAUCGUCUUUACUCCAAGUAUUCAGGUAGAAUCUCAGAGAGUUGCAUUCUGA